GGACCCUGCUGACGUUGAGAUUUGGCUACCCGGCCUGGAGUGCGCUCCUGAGCCGUGUGCAUGAGUGUAUCCCCGUACUUGAGCCACGAGGACUGGCUAUGGUGGCCCAUUCUGCCGCCAAGCUGGGCUGGCGGGACGAACAGCUAGCGAGAGAGCUAAGUGCUGCAGCUGCAGCCAAAGUGCAAGUGCUGAGCAGCACGGACCUGGCAAAGAUUUGUUGGGCGAUGUCGAAGCUAGACCUAGUGGAAAACUUCGAAGAUCUUUGGCAGCUCCUUGAGAAAACAACAAUCCGGCGGGCAGCAGAGGCGAAGUCCGUGGAUUUGUCCAUGAUUGCCUGGGCCUUUGGGAAUGCCUGCAGGGGGAGCCAGGAGCUUUGCAAAGAAAUCUCUGUGGCUGCCAGACGACUGUUGGACGACUUGACAACACAGUGCCUGGCAAAUAUUGCAUGGGUGUGUGCAAGGUUGGAGGCUCCAAAUAGAGAACUUUGCGAUGCCAUCAUUCAGAAGGCCAAGACCAUGGUGGCGGAGUUUACAGAACUUGAUGUGUCCCGUCUCUGCUGGGCAUUGGCCAAGCUGGAGGCGACCGACGUUGAACUGUUCGAGUCACUGGCAGACCAUGCGGUGCAGAUGGGCUUUGUGCGACGCUUCAGUGCCCAAAUGGCCUCGCAGCUGGCUUGGGCCUUCGCAGCGGCCAAGGUGGUACAUGUGCCACUGCUGGAGGCGCUGAGCGGCUACGUUGCGAAGCACUUGCAUGUCAUGGAGCCUGAGCAGGUGGCAAGCUGCGCCUGGGCGUUUGGGUCUUUUGAGGCAUUGACUCCAUUUUCUGAGCCAGGCCUUGUGGCAUCCUUCAUCAGCAUCUCAAGAGGUGGCAAGCUCUUGAACUUCCAGGCUGAUGAGUUCUGUGCCCUGGCAUGGGCCUUUGCCAAGCUUGGCCUGGAUGACCAGGAACUUUUGCAAGAUUUGCUUCAAGUCUCGCUCAAGCGGGCGCCCGAAGUGGAUUCCACCAGUUUGAUCAAUUUGCUGGGAUCGUUGGUGGCUCUGUGCUUUGACGGAAGUGACGUUCUCAAAAAAGAUUUUCCAUGCAUCCUGGAAAUUGCGCUUCAGCGCUUCACUGCCGAAAGCUUGAGCCCCAACGAGCUGCACAGCGUUUGCCACUCCUUGUGCAGGGCCGGCUGUUUGACCGAUGCAAUGCAUUUGGCAGAAGCAAAUGACUCUGAUGCCCGGCUGCUCGGGCUCUUCUUAGGAACAGCAGAAAGAAUAGGCAGCGAGACGGGACCUUUCUGGAGCCGCCUGGCUGACUUUGCAUCUACGGGGCCUUUGCGAGCCGUAUGUCUUUGGGCUCAGAGCCCAGAGAGCGUUUUGAGCUGUGAGAUGGGUGAGGAGGAUUCUGAGAAGGGGGAGCUGUUUGAACUGGGAAGGUUGUUGUCAGAAGUGGUGCAGCACGAGCAAAGUGGGGCUGACAUUCUGCAGUGUGUAGAAGAGUUCGGAUCUUCGUGCAAAAGCCUCGACGUUUGUUUGGGCACUCGCGAAGCUGUUCUGGACGAGCUGGCCUCCCAGCAGCCACAGCUUACCCUGGUCCUUGGAGGCUGGAGCGCUGGGCUCCGUCUGGCUGCGCGGGCCCAGGAGUACAGCGGGCAUGUCGUCACUUUACAUCAGGACCCAUUUCACACCGCUGUUGCACGGUAUAUCACCAAGAAAGCAGGUCUCAGCGGUUCUUUGCAGCACAUGCUGGGUGAUCUUGAAGACGUGCUGGAGAAACUCCUUGAGUCUUAUGGAGAGAGCUCUGUCGACAUGGUGCUGCUUCAAGGAGGAACCGACAACGACUACUUGACCCAACUGCAAAGGGCCCACAAACUCAGGCUUUGGACUUCUGGCCGAGUAGUUGCAGACCACUUGCUGCGCAAGGGCUCCCCACUCUUCCUUUGGACUUGCGCGCCCCACAAACUGGAGCUAGUGCAAGUCACAGACCACCAAGGUGCAGAUUGGAUGGGUCUUUGCCAUCUACCGACGCUGGAGUGCCCCAGCACUUCCGGUUGGAUCUCAGGUCUAGCGUCUCUGGUGACUGAGUCAAGAAGUGCGUGGAGGGUCCAACGGCUCUUGCACGGAAGCAGCGGGACCACAGGCCACCUUCAGGAGAAAAUGAUUGCUUUUGCGAGCCAGCUGGGCCUCCAACCAUCAGCACGCUUGCAGGGAGUCUCCAAGCGCCCACUACCCG